AGACUGAAGACUGGAACGGCUAGAGGGAAGCGCAUAGCUGCAGUUCAAAGAAAAUGAAUGGCACACUGGAUCACCCAGACCAACCUGAUCUAGAUGCUAUCAAGAUGUUUGUGGGUCAGGUCCCACGGAGCUGGUGUGAGAAGGAUCUAAGAGAACUUUUUGAACAGUAUGGUGCUGUCUAUGAAAUCAAUGUCUUGAGGGACAGGAGCCAAAACCCUCCUCAAAGCAAAGGGUGCUGUUUUGUUACAUUUUAUACCCGUAAAGCUGCACUAGAAGCACAGAAUGCUCUUCACAACAUGAAGAUCCUCCCAGGGAUGCACCAUCCUAUCCAGAUGAAACCAGCUGACAGUGAAAAGAGUAAUGCAGUAGAAGAUAGAAAGUUGUUUAUUGGAAUGAUAUCCAAGAAGUGCAAUGAAAAUGAUAUCCGAGUGAUGUUCUCCCCCUUCGGACAGAUUGAAGAAUGCAGGAUAUUACGUGGCCCAGAUGGCCUGAGCCGAGGUUGUGCAUUUGUGACUUUUACAACAAGAGCCAUGGCGCAAACAGCAAUCAAAGCAAUGCACCAAGCACAAACCAUGGAGGGUUGCUCUUCUCCCAUUGUGGUAAAAUUUGCAGACACACAGAAGGACAAAGAGCAGAAACGAAUUGCUCAGCAACUCCAGCAGCAAAUGCAACAGAUCAGUGCUGCCUCAAUAUGGGGAAACCUGGCUGGUCUCAACACACUUGGACCCCAAUACUUAGCACUUUAUUUGCAGCUCCUUCAGCAGACAGCAGCUGCGUCAUCUGGGAACCUGAACACACUGAGCAGCCUCCACCCAAUGGGAGGACUGAAUGCGAUGCAGUUACAGAACCUGGCUGCAUUAGCAGCUGCAGCCACUGCAGCUCAGAAUACACCAAGUGGUACCGCUGCACUCACUUCCUCCAGCAGUCCCCUGAGUGUGCUCACCAGUUCAGGUUCCUCACCUAGCUCCAGUAGCAGCUCCUCUGUUAAUCCAAUGGCUUCUCUUGGAGCGUUGCAGACACUGGCAGGGGCCACAGCAGGCCUCAACGUUAGCUCUUUAGCAGGAAUGGCAGCCUUAAAUGGAGGACUCGGCAGUGGUGGUCUCUCAAAUGGGACAGGUAGCACAAUGGAAGCUCUCACACAGGCUUAUUCUGGAAUCCAGCAAUAUGCUGCUGCUGCAUUGCCCACCCUCUACAACCAGAGUCUUUUAACACAGCAGAGUAUUGGUGCAGCAGGAAGUCAAAAAGAAGGUCCAGAGGGAGCCAAUCUGUUUAUCUACCAUCUCCCCCAAGAGUUUGGGGAUCAGGAUCUGCUGCAGAUGUUCAUGCCGUUUGGAAAUGUCGUCUCUGCCAAGGUCUUCAUUGACAAGCAGACCAAUCUAAGCAAGUGUUUUGGUUUUGUAAGUUAUGACAAUCCUGUGUCUGCACAGGCUGCCAUUCAGUCAAUGAACGGCUUUCAGAUUUGCAUUGGAAGGAAGCGUCUGAAAUUACAGCUCAAGCGCUCUAAGAAGGACAGAAAGCCAUACUGAGCGCCCCUCCCCUCCGGGACUGGAGUGAGAAGGAUCUUCUGAUUCCUGCCGUUUGUUCAUCGUUGUGCCUAAAGCAUGUCGAUGUGGCGUUCAAGUACAUCGUCCAAAUCCUUGUCUCUUCAGCUUCUCUGAUGCUUGAACUCUCACCUUUGACCUUGUGUUCACCUUUGAUGCUGAUGUGUAUUUUUAUUACGUUUGUU